AUGGGGGCCACCCAAAACGCACACCUCCGCCACGGAGAAGGAGACCGGGCGCUGCCCGACCCAAAGUACACGUCAACACGCCAGCCUGCCAAGCGCCAGCCCCCCAGGCCUUGCACUAAGGUGUCGCUGUCGGUGGCUUCAGCGGACUGUAAAAUCUUUAAUCCCGGUGUCGGUGUCGCCGUUCGCGGCUGCAAGGUCAUCUUUAAUCCUCCCGGUCUUUCGAUCAACGCGUUCGACUACAAUUGUCACCUGGACCUGAUCAAGCUCCUCCGUCAGGAGGGAGAGCUGGUCAAGCUUCGAAGAGCUCGCCAGAAGAUGAGCGAACUCUUCCCGCUCACUGAAGAAAUCUGGCUGGACUGGUUAAAGGACGAGAUCAGAAUGGCUUCAGAAAACGCCGAUCGAGAGAAGGUGUAUGAUUUGUUCGAGCGGGCUGUGAAAGACUAUAUCUGUCCUGAGAUCUGGCUCGAGUAUGCUCAGUAUUCCAUUGGGGGCAUUGGGCUGGAAGGAGGGAUCGAGAGGGUCCGCUCGGUAUUUGAAAGAGCACUGACUGCUGUUGGCUUGCAUGUCACAAAGGGAACAGCCAUAUGGGAGGCUUACCGGGAGUUUGAGAAUGCCAUCUUAGAAACAGCACAGCCAGCACCUGGCAGCAUUCCAACCCCCGAGCAGCAGCAGACUCUGCGUGAACAGCUUGAGAAGAUCCACACGCUGUUCAGGCGCCAGCUGGGAAUCCCACUGCUAGAUAUGGAAACCACCUAUGCUGAAUAUGAAGAAUGGUCAGAAGAUCCGAUACCAGAAGUGGUAGUAAAGAACUACAAGAAAGCCCUGCAGCAGUUGGAAAAGUGUAGACCGUAUGAAGAGGCCUUGCUCGUGGCGGAGACCCCAAAGCUAGCUGAAUAUCAAGCCUACAUUGACUUCGAAAUGAAAGUGGGUGAUCCGGCUCGCAUUCAGCUGAUCUAUGAGCGUGCACUGGCUGAGAAUUGCCUUGUGCCAGACCUGUGGGCUCGUUAUAAUCAGUAUUUGGAUCGGCAGUUGAAAGUGAAAGAGCUGGUGCUCUCAGCACACGAUCGGGCUGUUAGGAACUGUCCCUGGACUGUUGGGCUGUGGAUCCGGUACCUCUUAGCUAUGGAACGGCACAGAGUUGGUCACAGGACUAUUUCUGAUAUCUUUGAAAAGGCUUUGAAUGCUGGUUUUAUACAGGCUAUGGAUUAUGUGGAAAUAUGGCAGGCAUAUCUAGAUUACCUAAGAAGAAGGGUGGAUUUCACACAAGACUCAAGUAAAGAAUUAGAAGAGCUGAGGUCUGCUUUUGCCCGUGCUGUGGAAUAUUUAAAGCAGGAAAUGGAAGAGGGUUUUAGUGAAAGUGGGGAUCCAUCCUGCACCAUAAUGCAGAACUGGGCAAGAGUUGAGGCUCGCCUUUGUAACAACAUGCAGAAGGCCAGAGAGCUCUGGGACAGUAUUAUGACUAAAGGGAAUGCCAAAUAUGCCAAUAUGUGGCUAGAGUAUUAUAACCUAGAGAGGGCACAUGGAGAUACCCAGCACUGCCGGAAGGCCUUGCAUCGGGCUGUACAGUGCACAAGUGACUACCCUGAGCAUGUCUGUGAUGUGCUGCUCACUCUUGAGAGGAUAGAAGGUACUUUAGAAGACUGGGAUGCAGCUGUUCAGAAGACUGAAAACAGACUAGCUCGGGUUAAUGAACAAAGAGCAAAGGCUGCCGAGAAGGAGGCUGCUCUUGCCAAGCUGGAAGAGGAAAAAGCUGAACAGCGGAAGCAGGCUCGGGCUGAGAAGAAGGCUUCAAAAAAGGCUAAAAAAACUAAGUCUGGAGAGAAGCGCAAAGCUGAGGAUGAUGAUGAUGGGGAGUGGGGCCAGGAGGAAGUUGAGCAGCCCAGCAAGAGACACAAGGGAGAUGGUGAAGCUAUGCUUGCUGAUGAAGAAGGAGAAGAUAUGGAGGUAGAAUCUGGGCUGUUUGGAAGAAGUGCACCUACCAGGGCAGAUCCUCUAUCUAAACAGAAGGAAAAGGCAGCCAGCAGCCGAAAAGAAGCCCCCAAAAUUCUCCACGACAGUAACAAAGACAACGUCACGGUUUUUGUCAGCAACCUGUCCUACAGCAUGACCGAGCCAGAAGCGAAACUGAAGGAGCUCUUUGAGAGCUGCGGGGAGAUGGCAGAAGUCCGUCCUGUGUUCAGUAACAAAGGGCUUUUCCGGGGCUACUGCUAUGUGGAAUUCAUGGAAGAAAAAUCUGCUCUGAAGGCCCUUGAAAUGGAUCGCCGAGUGGUGGAGGGGAGGCCGAUGUUUGUCUCUCCCUGCAUUGACAAAAACAAGAAUCCAGACUUUAAGGUGUUCAGAUACAGCACCGCUCUGGAGAAGCAUAAAUUGUUCAUCUCUGGCUUGCCUUUCUCCUGCACUAAAGAGGAGCUGGAAGAGAUGUGUAAAGCCCACGGAAAUGUGAAGGACAUUAGGUUGGUCACUAACCGAGCUGGAAAACCCAAGGGCCUAGCUUACGUGGAAUUUGAAAAUGAAGCGCAGGCCUCACAGGCCGUCUUGAAAAUGGAUGGCUUGACCAUUAAAGACCAUGUCAUCAAGGUGGCAAUCAGCAACCCGCCUCGCCGGAGACUGCCUGACAAACCUGAGGCAGAGAGAGCUUCGCAACUGGCAGUACCACGGCAGAUCUAUGGAGCAAGGGGUAAGGGAAGAACUCAGCUGUCCAUGAUGCCGCGUGCACUGCAGCGCCAGAGCAACCCUCCGCCCAAGGCAGAGAAUGGGAUGGUCCAGAAUUCACCAGCAACUUCAUCCGUGUCCCCCGAGGAGCCAAAAAGCAUGUCCAACGCGGACUUCGCCAGGAUGCUGCUGAAAAAGUGAGCAGAGGUCUGCAGUCAGCAAGUCUGGUAAAAUGUGAAAUGCCUUUUUGGAAGCCAUGUUGUGUCCUUACUUAGACUAACAAGAGAAACAGCCAGUCGCAAUCCCAUGUAAAUACUACUUUGGACUCUUCGUUCACCAAGAUCCGACACGAGGGUGGUACAAUUCCAGUCUUUUUUUUUUUUUUUCCCCCUGAUUCUGAAAGCAGAGUUUUGUGUGUUCUGGUAAAAUGGCUUUAAAUGAUCCCUCAUAUUGAGGGUAACUUGGGGGGAAAUACUCACGUUACAGGCUGGGUACGCUCGCAAGUUUUAUGGUGCGUGUUUUUUACUUUUUUAAGAAUGAGCUGUUAAGCAAAAGCUUUGACUGCAGAGCUCCACUGGGCACGGGUUCAGUUUGUGAUGGCAGGUGGCCUCCUUAGCAUCUAGUGCUUUUUUUUUCCCCCCCCACCCCUGCCACACAUCAACUUAUUUCAGAAGUCCUGACCCCAUCCAUCUCUUUCCAUGUAAAAAAGCUGAAAAUGGCAGAAUGCUAGGAAUUUCACCACAAUGGCCUAUUUUAGUACCGGGGUGGGAGUUAUAUAUAUAACGUAUUCAGUUUUAUGUUCUGCUCAAGCUGGUCUGUUUUUAUAUUGUGUAUUUGUAAAUGACAUUCAGACCCUUAUUUUUAAGUGUCAUAAACACGACUAGAGCUGGUAACUGUUUCAUGUCCAAGCUGUAUAUUCUGCUGCCGUGGAUCAUAUUAUGUUUCGUUUACUGAAGAACUUCCCCCAUCGCCAGUUGGUUUCUGUACGGUUUCAACUCCUCGGAUUCUGUUUUGUACACAAUGUGAAGUGCAAGCUCAAGUUUCUUCUUGGUUUAUUAAACUAAAGUUCUCAAAUGUU